CGAGAAGAGGCAGUUGCCGUAGCGGAGCCCUCUGGGUCUGUGCGAGUGUGUGAGUGGAUGUGAGCCGCCGUCGCUGGAGCUGCGGACGGUUUGCCGAGCCCGUUAGCGCCGCUGGCCCAGAGUCCCGCCACCGUCAUGUCUCGGUACCUGCGCCCCCCCAACACGUCUCUGUUCGUCAGAAACGUGGCGGACGACACCAGGUCUGAAGAUUUACGACGGGAAUUUGGUCGUUAUGGUCCAAUAGUAGAUGUUUAUGUUCCACUUGAUUUCUACACUCGACGUCCAAGAGGAUUUGCAUAUGUUCAAUUUGAGGAUGUUCGCGAUGCUGAAGAUGCUUUACAUAAUUUGGACAGAAAAUGGAUUUGUGGUCGUCAAAUUGAAAUACAGUUCGCACAGGGGGAUCGGAAGACACCAAAUCAAAUGAAGGCCAAGGAAGGGAGGAAUGUAUACAGCUCUUCACGAUAUGAUGAUUAUGACCGAUACAGACGUUCUCGAAGCCGGAGUUAUGAGAGAAGGAGAUCAAGGAGUCGCUCCUUUGAUUAUAACUAUAGGAGAUCUUACAGUCCUAGAAACAGUAGACCGACUGGAAGACCACGGCGUAGCCGAAGCCAUUCCGACAAUGAUAGAUUCAAACACCGAAAUCGAUCUUUUUCAAGAUCUAAAUCCAAUUCAAGAUCACGGUCCAAGUCCCAGCCCAAGAAAGAAAUGAAGGCUAAAUCACGUUCUAGACCAAACUGCAGCUGGAAUACCCAGUACAGUUCUGCUUACUACACUUCAAGAAAGAUCUGAAAGCGGAAAAAAGAACCAAAGAAGGGCAGUUCAAGCGACCAAAGGGUGGGUGGAAGGUGCUGCAGUAUGAAUACUGUACGAAUAUUUUGACUCUGGUCUGAAAAGAUAAAAGAAUUAUCGAAAACUACAUGGAAUAAUUGAAGUCCCUUCAAGUUUGAAAGUAAGCAUUUUAGGACAAAUAAAAGGAAAUUCAACUUUGUACCUGUGGAAACUCAUCCCUAAGUAUGAACAGGUUAUACUGACUCGUGGGUAGCCGAUCCAUGACAAGUUACUGGAAACUAGGAUGUCUGAGUAUCACGGAAGACAGCCAUAGUCUCUAACAGUGCCUCUCCCGGUCUAUCUCACAAUAAAUUGGAUGGUAAAGGUAUGGUCCAGUACGAAGGUUUCCCAGUUAUCUCUUAAAGUCAGUUCUACUUAACGCCAUUGUUGGCGAGUCUGGCCUUCGUUUAUUCCAGUGCCAGUAUUUUCUGCUUAACUGUUUGUUUUGUUGGUAUCUAAAGUUUAUUUACUUGUAUACUACAUACAGUUUACAUCUAACCACUCCUUCCCGGGCUAAUUCCACUUAUACUUGAUAUCCACCUAUGAGGGCCCAUCUCUUCUCAUCUCCUGUGUAGACAGUAUGUUCAAUAGAUAUUUAUUGAACCCUUACUGUGGGCAAAAAUACUGGAUAAUUGGAGAGGAGAACAGAUUAUUUAGUAAAACCUACUGAGCACAAUCUAGUGAAUCAUUACAGUAUGACCUCAUUAUCUUGAGGUAUAUUAUGGUAAUAUUUUAUAUCAUUCAUAUCCUAGUGUAAUUAUAAAACCCAAUUACUAUCAAAGAAAAGUAAUUUUAUGGUUGUCUGCCAUUUAAAAGUAUCAAGUAUUUGUUGUGCCCCAUUACUACAAAUAAUGAAAACCUGUAGUAAGCUGAUCUAUUGUGCAGUGACUAAUAUACUAGAGUAAGAUUAAGUUAACUCUGGCUCUGUCAAGCAAAUAGGUAAUCCCCAAAAUAACAAGUAUUUAUCUUUACAUUAAAGCAGACCCUGGUGCUAUAAUUAGAUUAUUUUCAGGCAGACAGCUAUUAUCCCAAUGGACUUAGUAUAUUCUGUAUUGAAGAAAGUGUUUACCGGAUAAGACUUUUUAAUGAUCUUACUUGUACAUUUUAUAGGGGACAUAUUAUGUGUAUAGUUAAUAAAUAACUUUAUAGUGUCACAUAUGUUUUGGAUUCCUUAGUUCCUUAUCAGGAUAUGAAGCUUGUUUAUCCUACCAUUAAAUUCCAUCACAUUCGGAUUUUUGUUGUAUUUUUGCCACAUAUUUAAAACUAUGUCAAAAUCUGAAAUCUGGAAACAGUGUUAAUAAUAAGCCUUUGACCAAUUUUUUUUGAAUGUAGUAGGAUUACACAUAAAUGAAGGGAGCGGUAAAAAUGAAGGUUAUUUGUUGGGGGUUUUUGGUUUUUUUUUUUUUUAAACUUUUUUCAGCCUGCCCAAACUCAAAAAGGUAGCAGGCACCAGGUGAGAACUAUAAAUUUUGACUUCAUUUUUGUUGCUGUUUUUAUUUUGAAUCAAGUUGGAAAUGCUUCAAAAAAGUUAUUUUUAAGGACACAAUAAAAAUUAUUAAAAACUGAA